UGACGCUACUAGUGGUAUAAAAAGGGUUGGUGAAUGGUGGUUAGUGGAAGCUGAAAAAGGACAGAUCCCCCAAAACAGUUUCAAGUUUCAAAGACUUUUCUAGCAUUUUCUCCUUCAGAUUCAAAAUCUAAUCAAAUUGAAAACUGUUUUUACUGUAAUCUAGGGUUGUACCAAAUCCCCCCUCAUUAUUAUCUCAUCUUGACCGUAAUUCAUACAUAUAUUUAACUUGACAUACGCAUAUACAUCAACGCUGUAUUCCUUUCGUGUAUCGCCGGUUUCUUGAUCUACGGUUCGUUCAUGUACAUGCAACUAUUCUGUGCUUUUAGUUUAAAAUUUUGUUGAAAUUCGAAUUAGUCGGGCGAUUUUGGAGCUGUUGAUGUGCGAUAUUGCUGGUGUUAUUGUAGAAUUUGAAUAAUCGAUCAUGACGAUACCAGAUUCGAGGUAUAUGAUGAUGGAGAACGGACCCAUUGAAUUGCCUUUCUCUUCGGAGGAAGAGGGGCGGAUUAUACAGGAGCUCACGAAUAAGGCUGAGUCUAGUUUGCGAGAAGGAAAUUUGUUUUAUGUUAUUUCUAGCAGGUGGUUCAUGGCUUGGCAAAGAUACAUAGGGGAGCCUCUUAGUGGUUAUCCAUUCGAUUCUAAUGAUUUACAGCGUUCAUUGGUGCCAAAUACAGUUGAUAGACCUGGCCCAAUUGAUAAUAGUGAUAUUAUUGAAAGAGGGAGUGACAGUGAGGAUGAUGAUCCACAUCUUCUGAGAACGUUGCAAGAAGGGCGCGAUUAUGUAUUAGUUCCAAAAGAUGUGUGGGAGAGGCUUUAUGAAUGGUACAAAGGUGGACCAGCAUUUCCUAGGAAGAUGAUUUCUUUGGGAGAUAACAAGCAGCUUAGUAUAGAGGUCUUCCCACUAUGUCUCAAUUUAAUUGAUUCCAGAGAUAAUAGCCAGAAUGUAUUGAGGUUCAGCAAGAAGGCCUCUUUGUAUGAACUUCAUGAAAGAGUUCGUGGUCUUAAAGGAGUUGUGCUAGAAAAGGUUUGCAUCUGGGAUUAUUUUAAUAAACAGAAGCAAAAUUUGCUUGCUGCUUCUGACCAGACACUCGACGAAUCCAACUUGCAGAUGGAUCAACAUAUUCUUCUUGAGGUUCAAGGGGAAGAACAUCAACCUGCCAGUGUUGGCAUUGAUUCAACUGGAAAUAGCAUGGCAUUAGUUCCACUCGAACCCUUGAAGUCAUCUGUCUCCAUUGCUGGUGGCCCCACCUUGUCUAUUGGUUCCACUGUGUCUAAUGAUUCUUCAACUGGCAAUACCUCCAAUGCAUAUCAGCUUAGCUCUUUAAACUCCACAUUUGGAGAUACAGAUGGUGGGGACAAAACCCCGAGACCACUGACAAAAGCUGAUAGGGGUUUAGCAGGGUUGCAAAACUUGGGUAAUACUUGCUUUAUGAAUAGUGCUCUUCAGUGUUUAGUUCAUACACCUCCCCUUGUUGAGUACUUCUUGCAAGACUACACUGAUGAGAUCAACAGACAUAAUCCAUUAGGAAUGCAUGGUGAGCUUGCACUUGCAUUUGGUGAUUUAUUGAGGAAACUUUGGUCCUCUGGCCGGACACCUGUUGCACCUCGUGUAUUCAAAGGAAAACUCGGUCGCUUUGCUCCCCAGUUUAGUGGAUAUAACCAGCAUGAUUCACAGGAACUUCUUGCCUUUCUUCUAGAUGGAUUGCAUGAAGAUUUGAAUCGGGUUAAGCAAAAGCCAUAUAUUGAAACUAAGGAUUCUGAAGGUCGCCCUGAUGAGGAAGUAGCAAAUGAGUUUUGGAGAUACCAUAAAGCUAGAAAUAACUCUGUAAUAGUGGAUGUUAGCCAGGGUCAAUAUAAGUCAACAUUGGUUUGCCCGGUUUGCAACAAAAUUUCUAUAACAUUUGAUCCCUUCAUGUACUUGUCCUUGCCUCUUCCAUCAACUGCCACCAGGUCAAUGACAGUGACUGUGUUUUAUGGUGAUGGAACUAGCCUUCCAAUGCCAUUUACAGUUACUGUUUUAAAACAUGGUUACUGUAAAGACUUAUUGCAAGCUUUAGCAACGGAAUGCUGCUUAAGGAGCGAUGAAUACUUAUUGCUUGCAGAGGCCUAUGAUCAUCGGAUUUUUCGGUACUUUGACAACCCUUCAGAAUCCUUGUCUUCAAUGAAAGAUGAUGAACAUAUUGUUGCGUAUAGACUCCCAAAGAGGGCAGCAAAGUUAACAAAACUGGAGAUUUGUCAUCGAUACCUUGAAAGAUGUAUGGACAAUUCAAAGGUUGGUGAGAGGAAGCUCUUCUUGACACCGCUUGUUACUUUCUUGGAAGGCCCAGUGGCUCCAAGUGAUAUCAAUUUUGCUGUUGAUAGAAUGCUUUCUCCUCUAAGACGAAAAUAUUUCAGUUCUAAAACUGCUCCAAGGGGUAAGGAAAAUGAGACUGCCUCAGAAAUGAUAGAAAAUCCAAUGAACAUUUGUGGUACCCAAUUGGAACUUGUGGGUGGAUCUGCACACAAUACUGGAUCAAAAGAAGCAUCCAGCUGUGAGUUGUCAUUUCAUAUUUGCAUUACUGAUGACCGGGGUAUGAGCUGCCAGCCAAUUAUGAUAGAUACACAAAUAAAACCUAGACCUGGUGGAAUUGUGAAGGUGCUGCUGGAUUGGACUGACAAAGAACACGAAUCAUUUGAUUCUAGCUAUUUGAAGGAUCUUCCUGAAGUUCACAAAAGUGGACUGACUGUAAAGAAAACUAAGUCAGAAGCUAUUUCAUUAUUUUCAUGUUUGGAUGCCUUCUUGAAGGAGGAACCCUUGGGACCUGAUGAUAUGUGGUAUUGUCCUCACUGCAAAGAACACAGACAAGCAACCAAGAAGUUGGAUUUGUGGAGGUUGCCAGAUAUACUUGUUUUUCACUUGAAACGUUUCUCAUAUAGUCGAUGGAUGAAAAACAAGCUUGAUACUUUUGUUAAUUUUCCCAUUCACAAUCUUGAUUUAAGCAAAUAUGUGAAAAGUAAGGAUGCAUCUUCAAGUUCACAUAUUUACGAGCUGUAUGCCAUCAGCAACCAUUAUGGUGGACUAGGUGGUGGGCAUUACACUGCCUAUUGCAAGUUAGUUGAUGAAAACAAAUGGUAUCAUUUUGAUGAUUCCCACGUAUCACCUGUUGGUGAAUCUGAGGUAAGGACUUCUGCUGCCUAUGUGCUGUUCUACCGGAGAGUUAAAGCUCAAGGAAUGUCCGAAGGGCCUUCCCAAAGUCAUAUAGCUUGAAGAGGAAUUUACUUUGUUUGUCAUAAAAUUCUUAUGCUUCAAUUGAGCUCCAGAAUGGCCAAUUCCUGUAGAAGAGGGGGUUACAUUUACAAGUCAUAGUUGACAUGGUGGCGGCAGAUGGAAGAUUGCACCAUGAACAGUUUUCAGGUGACGAAUAUCAGCAGGGCACCAAAGAGAUAUAGAAUCCCAAGUGUUACUUUCAUUGGAAGCUAAGGAUUUCCAAUGGGUACUGUUUUUUGAAGGCCAUUUCAUGUAGAGUAGCCUUGUCUUUCCUAUGUUUAGAAUACAUAUUCUCACAUGACAAGCAUUUGUUCUUGAGAGAAGGUUAAUCGGCAUUUUGUUACAGCAUAAUAUGUUCUUUUUCCAAUUAUUGUUGUAUGCUUUUGAGAAGUGGCCAUCAACUUCAUCUCCUUUGUAGGAUCUGUGGGGUAUAAUCAUGAGAUAGCCAUCAUUAUUUUCAUACAUGGGAAUAGAAGAAUGCAUUCCUGUUAAAUGUAGAUUCUGUUUGCAAGAUGGAACAUAUGUUCAUAAUAAGCUAGUAUUGCAUUACUUGUGUUAA